AUUCACAAGCCGGACUAAGUAGGACUAUAAGCGGCCAUUUGUGACUUUGUUAGUUCUCGGUCGCUCUCCCUUUUCUGCUCGCACUUCCUUUCCCGCUCGCGCUCCCGUUCUCGGUCGCGUUCCUGCCUCAUCUCCGAUCUCCUAUUUCAUCUCUUCUAUUUCAAAUUCUCAGUAGAUAAUAUUUAAAUACAGCUAGAAGUAAUAUGGACAAAUCGAUCAAUCGAUUGGUUAAACAGCUAGCAGCUAGCUAGCUAGGUCUUUUAAGUUGACCAUGAGGAGGAGGUAGCUGCGUCUGGUUGAAGAAAGCAGCCAUCCUUCCAUAUCAUAGACAAAGACAACAGAGCCUGAUCCAUCAACUGCAAGGUUCAAGUUAGCACUAUAUAUAGGCCAGAUCCACGCCUGAAAACGAAAACACAUCAAAUCGACAUAAUACAAUGGCUUCGUUCAACUUUCGAUAUCUUCUACUUCCGGUGGCUUUUGUGUUCAUAUACAUCCAGAUGCGGCUUUUCGUUACACAAUCAGAAUUCGCUGAUAGACUUGCUAAUGCUGUGGAAUCUGAAAAUCAUUGUACAAGUCAAAUGCGAUUGUUAAUUGAUCAAAUAAGCAUGCAGCAAGGGCGAUUAAUAGCCCUAGAAGAAGAAAAGAAACGCCAGCUGAAGGAGUGUCAGCAACUAAGGACUCUUGUUCAAGAUCUAGAAAAGAAAGGUCUGGAUGCAAGGAUUAGCAAAACACAGGUGCCUGUGGCAGCAGUUGUUGUCAUGGCUUGUAAUCGUGCUGAUUACCUGGAAAGGACUAUCGAAUCUGUCCUGAAAUACCAAAGCUCCAUUGCUUCAAAGUAUCCUCUUUUUGUCUCUCAGGAUGGAGAAGAUUCUGGUGUUAGAACCAAGGCCUUAAGUUACAAGCAAUUAACCUAUAUGCAGCAUCUGGAUUUUGAACCAGUACAAACUGACAGGCCUGGAGAAUUAAUUGCAUACUACAAGAUUGCACGUCAUUAUAAAUGGGCAUUAGAUAAAUUAUUCUACAACCACAACUUCAGCAGAGUCAUAAUACUUGAAGAUGACAUGGAUAUUGCUCCAGAUUUUUUUGAUUAUUUUGAGGCAGCAGCAGCACUACUUGAUAAGGAUAAAUCAAUCAUGGCUGUAUCUUCAUGGAAUGACAAUGGACAGAAGCAGUUUGUGUCAGAUCCUUACAUGCUUUACCGUUCAGAUUUUUUUCCUGGACUUGGAUGGAUGCUUACUAAAUCUACUUGGGAUGAGUUAUCACCAAAAUGGCCAAAAGCUUACUGGGAUGAUUGGUUGAGAUUAAAGGAGAAUCACAAAGGUAGACAGUUCAUCCGUCCAGAGGUUUGCAGAACUUAUAACUUUGGCGAGCAUGGUUCUAGUAUGGGUCAGUUCUUCAAGCAGUAUCUUGAACCAAUUAAGCUGAAUGAUGUCCAGGUGAAUUGGAAUUCAUUGGAUCUCAGCUACAUGACAAAGGAAAACCAUGUGAAGCAUUUUGCAGCCAUGGUUAAAAAAGCUAAACCCAUUCAUGGAGCCGAUGCCAUUUUAAAGACAAAUAACAUUAAUGGUGAUGUAAGGAUUCGGUACAAUGACCAAGACGAUUUUGAAUCCAUUGCUCGUGAAUUUGGGAUUUUCCAGGAGUGGAAGGAUGGUGUACCAAGAACUGGAUACCUUGGAGUUGUUGUUUUCCGAUACAAAGCUUCUAGACGUGUUUUCCUUGUUGGGCCACAAUCAUUGGAGCUGCUUGGGAUUGAGCAAGCUAUCUAAUACUUUUGAUUUAGAAUUAGCCAUUAAACUAAAUUGAACCGAACCCAUCAUCAGGCAGGUGCUAUACGAGUGGAACAUAUACUUGAAAAAAAAGGGGUUCUUCUUCUUGGUUGGUGAGACCAAAUUGUGAUGGUAGGUAUAAAUUAUUUAUAAAGGUACACCAGUUUUGUUUUUCAAAUUAGGAGUACAAAAUUUAAUCUGAUUAAUCAUUCAUACAUUUUAUACCCAAGUUUGUUGGAAAAUAACAAUGUGUUGAGUUUUAAAGCAAUUGUGAGACAUGUGUUCGGAGA